AUGUGUUUACCUCUUGAAAAAGCGAAUGAUGGUCAAAUUAAUUGUCUUGGUGGUACUGAUGAACCUAAAUUAUGUCGAUCAAAUAAUUAUCAACAUAGUGAUGGUAAUUUUCAAUGCACCAUUGAUGCAAUUGGACAUUGUAUUAGUACCGCAAAAUUGUGCGUUGAAAGUAGUUGUCAAGAUGGAGCUGAUGAACAAUUUUGUGAUAAAACUCGAAAUAUCACACUAGAAUUUACUAUUUGUGAUGAAUACUAUGAAAAUAUUCGUUCUGAUGUCGAAAACUUCUUUUGUGCACGUCAAGUCGAUAGCAAUAAACCACCAUUAGUAUUCUUUUCACUUGGUAAAUUGAUGAAUUCAAGUGAUCAAAUGACACAACAACAUAGAAAUGAAAUUAUCUUACAUUCACCUACCAGACAAACAACUAUCCAACAGUAUCAGCAACAUUGUCAUCGUGGCCUUCCAUUACGAAUUUGGUUAAAUAUUAAUCAAAAUUUAACUACUAUCACAUGUCUUUGUCCACCUAGUUUUUAUGGUAAUAUGUGUCAAUAUCAAAAUCAACGUGUUAGUCUCACAUUACGAUUUCAAACAUUUUCUGAUUCUAGACGAACAUUAUUUGCAUUGAUUAUUUCACUUAUUGAUGAUACUUAUGAAAGAAUUAUUCAUUCAUAUCAACAACUUACUUAUCUUUAUAUUCGAGAUUGUCAAACAAAAUUUAAUAUUUAUUUACUUUAUUCAACUAGACCAAAAAAUUUAACAAAAAAUUAUUUUAUUCAUAUUGAUAUUUAUGAAAAAAUUUUACUUACAUAUCGAAAAAGUUUUUUAAUUCCACUUAAGUAUCCAUUUUUACCUGUACAUCGUAUUGCUGUUCAGCUUAAUAUUCCACGUACAAAUGAUACAAAAGAAAAUUGUUUAGAUCAAUCAUGUAUACAUGGUCAAUGUAUUAAAUAUUUAAAUUAUCCAAAUGAUGAUAGUUUUUGUCAAUGUUACCAUGGAUUGUCAGGAAAAUAUUGUACUAUUCCAUAUAUAUGUACAUGUUCAUCUGAUUCAUUAUGUGUUGGUAUAUCAUCAAAUAAUCGAUCUAUUUGUAUUUGUCCUGUUCAUAAAUGGGGUUAUCAAUGUUUAUUUCAUAAUACAAUAUGUUAUAUGAAUCAAAAUUCUACUUGUCUGAAUAAUGGUGAAUGUAUACCUACGGAUGAAAAUAUCAUAUCUGAUAAACCAUUUAUAUGUAUUUGUCCAAAAGGAUUUAGUGGAGAAAGAUGUGAAAUAGCUGAUAAUACAAUAAUUCUAUCAUUUCAUAAAGAUAUUAUUUUACCACAAACAAUGUUUGUUCAUUUUAUUCGAAUAAUUGAUAAUGGUCCACAUGAAAAUGGUACUACUUUUAAAACUAUUCUUACUAAUCAAAAAUCAAUUACUAUUCAAUGGUCAUAUCCAUUUCAUGUUGCUUUUCUUGAUUUUUUCGAUAAUAACUACUAUUUAAUUACUGUUCAGAACAAAUAUAAUCCAUCAAUAACUAUAGUUCGAACAAUUACACCAUCAGAUCAUUGUAAAUAUAUAAGUGAAAUAUUCAAUGAGACUAUUGUCGAACUUCAUCCUCUUCGUCGUAUUAAAUAUUAUCAAUUGCCAUGUCAAAAUCGUUCAACACUUAUAUCUUGUUUCUACGAUGAUAUUCAUUUUUGUUUCUGUUAUGAUUAUGAUCCUCAACGUUUGACGAACUGUUUUGAGUUCAAUCAUGGAAUUGAACACAAUUGUUUUGGUCAAAGUAAUUGUGAAAAUGAUGCACAUUGUUUACAAAAUAAUGCAACUUGUCCACAAACAUCGAUAUGUGUUUGUCCAAAGUGUUUUUAUGGAGCACGAUGUCAAUUUAGUUCAAAUUUAUUUGAUCUUUCACUCGAUGCUAUCUUAGGUUACUAUAUUCAACCAUAUAUAAACAUUAAAUAUCAACCGUCUAUUGUACAAAUCAGUAUAGCAUUGACAAUGAUCAUGAUUAUAGUUGGAAUUACUGAUAGUAUUCUAUCGAUAAUUACAUUUAAAAAUAAAGAAACACGCAAAAAUGGUUGUGGUCUCUAUUUAUUUGUUUCAUCAGUUAUAACUUUACUCAUUAUGAUUAUUUUCGCAUUUAAGUUCUGGAUACUUAUCAUUGCACAAAUAACAUACAUGACAAAUAAAUCAUUUUUAUAUUUUCAAUGUAUUUCAAUAGAUUUUCUUCUACGAAUUGGUAUUAGUAUUAAUCAAUGGUUAAAUGGAUGUGUAUCUAUAGAAAGAUUAAUUAUUAUAAUCAAAGGAACUAGUUUUGAUAAAAAAAAAAAAGCAAACAAAUAG